AUGUACGAAGCCCGAAAAACAAACCAGGUUAUACGAGAAAUGGAAAUAUAUAACAUGGAAAUUCUAUGGAUAAGUGAAUGUAGAUGGAAUGGACAAGGAAUGAUUAGACAUGCAAGUGGUGCAACAAUAUGCUUUUCAGGACAGGAGAGCGGACAUUACAGGGGAGUAGCUCUAAUAAUCAACAAAAAAAUAACAAAGACACUGAUAGACUGGGAGCCUAUAAAUGCAAGAAUUAUACGAGCAAGAUUCAACUCUAAAUAUACAAAAUUGACCAUUAUCCAAUGUUAUGCACCAACUGAGGACCACUGCGAUGAAGACAAAGAUACUUUUUACAGCACACUUGAAGAAACCGUGAGAAAAACCCCAAAGCAUGAUGUAAUGGUAGUUAUGGGAGAUAUGAACGCAAAAAUAGGAAUAAAUAACACAGGGAGAGAGAGGGUGAUGGGAAAGGAAGGUCUUGGCAAAAUGAUGAAUGACAAUGGAGAGAGAUUUGCAGAUUUCUGCAUGGAGAACGACUUAAUCAUUGGAGGAUCUAUCUUCAAACAUAAGGACAUCCAUAAAGAAACAUGGGUUUCUCCAACUGGGAAAACAAAAAAUCAGAUUGACCACAUCACAAUAAAUAGAAAAUGGAGGACAUCCCUUCAAGAUGUCAAGGCAAAAAGAGGUGCUGAUGUGGGAAGUGAUCAUCACUUACUAGCAAGCCAAAUUAAAUUAAAAUUACGUAAAACGUCAAACAAAAAGCCAGAAAUUCUCUUUACCACUCAGAGGCUGAGAGACCCAGUCACCAGAAACAUCUUUGAAAUCAAUCUCAAGAAUAGUUUUGAGGUACUAGAAGAGCUACCGACUGAGGACAUUGAGAGUGGCUGGACAAAAUUUAAACAGGCUUUUAAAGAGACAAGCAGUUUGGUCCUAGGGCAAAAGAAAAAAGCAUGGAAAACAUGGAUGACAUCAAAAUCAUGGAAUCUUAUCGAAGAGAGAAAGAAACUGAAACAAGAAAUUCUCUCAAGAAAGGAAAACUUUAUGAGAGAUAAUACGUAUAAACGGAAGAAUAAACAAGUGAAGAAGAGUGUGAAAGAAGAUAAACAACAAUUCUUUGAAGAACAAGCAAAAGAAGCGGAAAAAAGCAGCCAACAGAGGAGAUCUAGGUACAUUACGGUAUACAAAAUUACAAAAUCUCUCAUAGGAUCGUACCAAAUAAAUUCGUCUUCAACUGUAAAAGGAAAAGACGGAACAAGAAUUACAAAACAAGAAGAGGUGUCAAAGAGGUGGAAAGAACAUUUUCAGGUGUAUAAGAGACAGUCAUUAACCUAG